UCAUUUAUGUUCUUCUAGUUUUUUCUUUAGUUUUGUAUGAUUUAUAAGAUUAAAAAUCAAAUUCUAUUUCCCUGCGUCGACAUCUUGUGAAACACAGCCACAUAUUAGAAUCUUGUAUCAUAAAUAAAACGUGUCUAUUAAUUUAUACAUAUUCGAUUUACGAUCCAAACUAUAAUAAGACGGAGAUGUAUAGCACAAUUUAUAUACAUGCAAGGGCAGAAUAAUAGACACGGUUCCGAUGUGCGUAGAUACACAUCAUCGUGUACCUGAUGAAUAAGUGAAUAACACAAUUCAAAUAUUAUCGUCACCACUUCAGGAUGGAAAUUAUUCUACGUUUUUCGGUCUCGGUAAUUUUUCUCUGUUUUGGUCUUGUAAACAGUCAAAACUACAGCGUACUCGAUUUUGAUGCCACCGGAGAUGGUCAAACUGAUGAUUCAAACGCUUUUGUGAAAACGUGGAACGCGGCAUGUGGCGGAGGAGGAGACAUAAGCAUACUUCUUAUUCCUGCUGGGAGAACAUUUUUAAUUCAACCUAUUGUGUUCAACGGUCCAUGUAGGUCUAGCAAUACAAAAGUUCAGUUGGAAGGCGUCAUUAUCGCGCCUAGCAACAAAGAAGCAUGGUCCAACCCCAAUUCUCGAAUGUGGAUCAAAUUUUCAGCGGUGCUUGGUCUAGUGAUUGUUGGUUCAGGAACGAUUAAUGGUCGUGGUUCAUCCUUUUGGGAACAAAAUUUGAAAGCUUCUCAACGACCUACAUCAUUGCAUAUUAGUAAAUGUGACAACUUAAGUAUAAGCGGAAUAACCUCGGUUGAUAGUCCAAAAAACCAUAUAUCAAUCGCAGCAUGCACAAAUGUUGCAAUAUCGAAUGUACGUCUAUUUGCACCUGAGGAUAGUCCCAACACAGAUGGGAUUGAUAUAAGUCGCUCGACUAACGUCAACAUAUUUGACUCUACGAUUCAAACUGGAGAUGAUUGUAUAGCAAUCAACACUGGGAAUACAAAUAUCAACAUUACAAGGAUUAAUUGUGGACCUGGUCAUGGAAUAAGUGUGGGAAGUUUAGGAGUCAAUGGAGGCAACGCUGCAGUUAGUGAUGUUCAAGUGACUCAAUGCACUUUCAAUCAGACAAUGAAUGGAGCUAGAAUCAAGACAUGGCCGGGUGGACAAGGAUAUGCAAGAAACAUAAGCUUUGAAAACAUCACACUCAUUAACGCAAAAAAUCCAAUUAUAAUUGAUCAACAAUAUAUAGAUAAAGGGCGUGUCUACUCUGCGGAGAAAUCAGCUGUGGCGAUUAGCAAUAUAAAAUUUAUUGAUUUUCUUGGAACGACGUCGAAAAAGAAUGCUAUAAAGAUUGAUUGUAGUGCAACCACACGUUGUAAAGAUGUCCUCAUGAAUGGAAUCAAUAUUACCAUGGCGGAUGGAAAACAGCCUAGAGUUGAUUGCAAAAAUGUCGAUGGAAAAUCUGAAGACACUAUUUUGACGCAUGACUGUUUUGAAAAUAUUUAACUUUUUAUUAUAUUAACUAGGCUUGACAAGGGACCUGGAGAGAGACAAAACUUCCUAUCAAAUAACACAACAAGGAAGAAGGAAACGUGGUCAUCGUGAUUUUAGCUAUCAAGAAGAAUGUUCAUGCAAGCUUUAUCCCGCAAUAAGGUUUGAUAGCAUUAUCAUGUA